CUCUCUCUUCCUCCCGUUUCUGGUAGAUUGCGGGCGGUGGAGUACGAAACCCUCGUCUCUCCGCCUUCCGCUCGGGCGAGCUCACUAGGAAGGAGGGAGGGAGUGGAGACGAGCCCUUAUAGGCGAAGCGAUCGACUGGUAUGCUUUCCAUCGACCGAAAUUGUUUGCUAAAGAUAUCAAACCCGGCCCAUAUUGUAUUCCAGUGCGGGCGGCGGGAUGAAUCGCACUCCUCACAAGUUGAAGACGAAGUCAUCGAUAAAUACACCACCCUCUGUAGUUCGGACUCCUGGAUCAACCACCCCUCGUCGUUCUCUUCGUCUUGCUAUCUCUCCUCAAACGCCGACAUCUGAGGACUGCAAGCCCAAUUGUGAAUAUAAUGGUGAUAAGAUUGGAACCGCCAAGAAAUCGAGGCGAUCGCUGCUUCAACCUGAGAGGACUCCGUCGAAGCGCUGUACCGUCGCUCCGGAUACACCUCAUCAGCCUGAGUCAGGGAAGAAGAGUAGAAUCUCCAAGAGGCGGUCGUACUACAAGAAAUUGGUUUACGACGGUGGAGGGUUUGGAGUUGGGGACGAUGUGUAUGUUAAGAGGAGGGAUGAUGCAGAAUCUGAUGAGGAUGAUCCCGAGGCGGAGGAGUGCCGGAUCUGCUUUGAGAUUGGUUCGUCUUUAAUGAUCGAGUGUGACAAUUGUUUGGGUGGGUUUCAUCUUCGGUGCCUGAGGCCGCCUCUUCUGGAAGUUCCCGAAGGGGACUGGAUUUGUGAGUUUUGCCAGGCGAGGAAGCUGGGGAAAAAGGUGAAGUUGCCGAGGCCACCAGAUGGGAAGAAACUGAGAAGGACUGCAAGGGAGAAGCUGCUCUCUAGCGAUUUAUGGGCUGCAAGAAUUGAAAGUUUGUGGAAAGAACCGGAUGGCACCUACUGGCUAAAGUGUCGUUGGUAUGUAAUCCCAGAGGAGACUCCAGCAGGACGACAACCUCACAAUUUACGCAGGGAACUUUAUCUCACAAAUCAUCUCAGUGAUAUUGAGAUGGAAUCUGUGCUUAGGCAUUGCUAUGUCAUGAACCCUAGAGAAUUUGCCGAUGCAAACAAUGAGGGUGAUGAUGUGUUCUAUUGUGAAUAUGAAUAUGAUGUUCGCUGGCACAGUUUCAAGCGUCUUGCUGAAGUUGCUGACUGUGACAAUGAUGAAGAGGCUGGAAAUGAUGAAGAUUGGAAAUACACUAAUGAUUCAGGUUGUGACAGUGAAGAUGAUUCGGACUUCGAUGAUGACACAACGGGAAAAUUCACUCAAACUCAUGAAUUAGCUGCAAAUUCACGUCAGGGGAGGAUAUUUGGUCUUCACAAGAUAGGAUUGAAGAAAAUUCCAGAACAUGUGAGGCUUUACAAGCCAACUGACUUGGAACGGGCGAAAUCGAUGCUGUUGCUAACAGCUUUGCCCAAAACGUUACCUUGCAGAACUAAGGAAAUGGAGGAGAUUACUUUAUUUAUCAAAGGUGCUGUUUGCGAAGACCAUUGUUUAGGUCGCUGUCUUUAUAUUCAUGGUGUUCCUGGAACUGGCAAGACUAUGACUGUACUUACUGUCCUGAAAAACCUUAGGGCUGAAGUUGAUGCUGGAAGAAUGAGGCCUUUCUGUUUUGUUGAGGUUAAUGGUCUCAAAUUGUCCUCACCAGAGAAUAUUUACAGGGUUAUUUAUGAAGCUCUGAGUGGGCAUAGAGUUGGGUGGAAGAAGGCUCUUAGCAUUCUCAAUGAGCGAUUUUCUGAGGGAACCAAAAUUGGCAAGGAAGAAAACCGACCAUGUGUUUUACUUGUAGAUGAACUUGAUCUUUUAUUAACCAGGAAUCAAUCGGUGUUGUAUAACAUUCUUGAUUGGCCCACCAAACCUGACUCGAAUCUAAUUAUUAUAGGGGUUGCUAACACUAUGGAUCUUCCAGAGAAGUUCCUUCCUAGAAUCUCAAGCCGAAUGGGGAUGCAGAGGCUUUGUUUUGGCCCUUACAACUAUCAACAACUUCAGGAAAUUAUAUCUAGUCGCCUUAAAGGCAUUGAUGCAUUUGAAGAACAAGCUAUUGAAUUUGCAUCAAGAAAGGUUGCAGCCAUGUCUGGUGAUGCUAGGCGAGCUUUGGAAAUAUGUCGACGAGCAGCGGAGGUGGCAGACUAUCGACUCAAACAACUGGCCCAAUCUUCACAUUCAUCUUCUUUAGGGCAAUCUUUGCCUGAAGGGAAACAUUUUGUCAGUAUGGACGACGUUGAAGCUGCCAUACAUGAGGUAUUUCAAGCUCCGCAUAUUCGGAUAAUGAAAACUUCUUCAAGAUUGAGCAAAAUUAUGUUGGCAGCUAUGGUCCAUGAACUCUACCGGAGCGGGCUUGGUGAGGUUACCUUUGAAAAAUUGGCAACUACUAUUCGGUCUCUGUGUUCAAGUAACAGGGAAUUACUACCUGGAUGGGAUGACCUCUUGAAAGUUUGUUGCAAGCUUGGCGAGUGCAGAAUCAUUCUUUCAGAGGAAGGUGCAAAGCAUAGGUUGCAAAGGAUGCAGCUCAACUUCCCAAGUGAUGAUGUUUCUUUCGCAUUGAAGGAUUGCCCAGAAAUCCCCUGGCUUUCAAAAUACCUUUGAUUUUCUGAGCCGGGCAUAUAUGAUGAUGUAUUUCAUGGAAUUCCUUCCAGAGUUUAAAGUAACUUUCCAUGAUCACUGACGCGUUUUCCACAGGGAAGCGAAGAUGCAAUGCUUGAAGAAUUCUAUUUAGGUCAGCAAUCUUUUUUUGGUCAAAGCUACGGGAUAUUGUUGCACUUCAUUGAGAUUUUAGAUUAAGAUAUAAGGAUUGGUGCAUCCAAUCUCAAUAAACAUUUUUCAGGAAGUAUUCUUUUAGAAGCUAAUAGUUCUCUUCUUGCAUUUAUUUAUGAACUUUUUUAGUAUUUUGUCUUUUGAUUAUAAGGUCACUUUUUAACGAGGAGGAAAGAAUUUGAGAUUA